UCAUGUGUUGUUUGUGCUCUGGCCCGUAGAGAUGUGUACAGGCGGAGAAGCGAGCGGAUUGCUAACCGAGCUAGCCGGAUCCUCCCGAUUAUAGAAACACGGCUGAGCGUGGUCAUGUUGCACACGGUAGGCUUCAUUUCGUGAAAAAAGAGCCCGCACUGGAAUACCCGCCUCGCCGCUGAAAGGGCAAAGGGGCUUGUUUUGUUUUCUUGGCGGAAUAACAAAGCCGGUGUGUGAGGAUUGCAAAUCUGAGCCGUGCGAGUCAACGUUAGCUGGCCUAGCCGGACUCGGGAGCUCGUCUCCCAAAACAAGAAUGGGGUCUAGGUCCACUCGGAUUAGCUUGCUAGUAAAGUGACCUUUGAUUGUACUCUCUGAUGGCAAAUUUCACGAAUUACCAGGAAGGCAAGGCAGCGAUGUUGAUGGUGGAGACGCAGCAGAGGGACGUGGGGACGAAAUCUGCGGCCGCCACCGCAAACGGAGACGGCUCGGUCGGGGAACCCCCUUCCCCGUUAAUUAAUAUCGGCGGCGGCGGAGGAGGAGGAGGAGGAGGCGGCUCUCGUUUCCAUCAACAUUUACCGCCCUCCAACCACCUCCACCAUCACCACCCCGGCCACCAUCACCCGCCAAAGGAUCAACAGCAGCACCAUCACUACCAGCUGGCUCCGCAGCAGCAGCAGCAGCAGCAACAGCAGCAUCUUUCCGGGGAAAACAUCGCAGAGUCCCCGGGCAGGAAAGCCUCCUCCUCGUCUCUCAGCCAGGUACACACGGCCGAGGACCCAGCCGCUUCCUCCUCCGCCGCCGCCGCUAGCAGCAGCAGCAGCAGCAGCAGCCAUGUAUACGCGGCUGUGAACGUCGCUAAUACCUCGGAUGUUGUGGAUGAUAUUCGCAAAUGCGGCUAUUUGAGAAAGCAAAAACACGGACACAAGAGGUUUUUCGUGCUCCGGGCUGCCAGCCACCUCGGGCCGAGCCGCCUGGAGUACUACGACAGCGAGAAGAAAUUCAGGAACAGCCUGCGCUCUGCUGCCGCGGCCGUCGCCAGCGGCGGAGCGGUCGCCCCUUCUCCCCCGAAAAGGGUUAUUUACCUCUACCAGUGCUUCACGGUAAACAAAAGGGCGGAUUCCAAAAACAAACACCUCAUUGCUCUUUAUACUAAGGACGAGUACUUUGCCAUUGUGGCUGAAAACGAGCAGGAGCAAGAGGACUGGUACGUAGCUGUCAGCGAGUUGAUGAGUGAGGGCAAAAAAGGGCACUUGGAUUCGGAUGAUUUAGAUGAUGGAUAUGGUACAGUCACCCCUGGUACUGUGUUCAAAGAGGUGUGGCAGGUGAAUGUGAAACCUAAAGGACUGGGUCAAACUAAAAACCUCACAGGUGUUUACCGGCUAUGCCUCUCAACUAAAACCAUUCACCUCGUCAAGUUGAACUCUGAAACCCCCUGUGUUAACCUUCAGUUGAUGAAUAUCAGGCGUUGUGGACACUCUGAAAGCUUCUUUUUCAUCGAGGUGGGUCGCUCCUCCUCCAUUGGGCCCGGGGAGAUAUGGAUGCAGGUGGACGACUCUGUUGUGGCCCAGAACAUGCACGAGACCAUCCUGGAGACGAUGAAAGCCCUCAAAGCUUUUGCUGAGUUUCGGCCCAGGAGCAAGAGCCAGUCAUCGGGCUCCAAUCCCAUGCCGUUUAUCACGACACGGCGCCACCUGGGCAACCUGCCGCCAAGCCAGACCGGGCUGCAGCGGCGGUCGAGGACGGAGUCGGUCGUCGGCACGCCGCCGUCAAGCAAGAGCUCUGGGGCUAGUGGUUACCGCUUCCGCACAUCCAGUGAGGGGGAGGGAACAAUGAACCGGCCAUUCCGCUCCGCCACAGGAAGUCUGGUCCACCUUAACUCAGCACGGGCCCAUCAUGGUCGUCAGGAGGGCGGCGGAGGCAGCAGCAGUAGUGGUGUUGCCACAGGAAAUGCAGGCACAAGCACUGGCGGUGGGCGCUACGUCAGAGCCAUCCCGGGGUCGUCGUCCACCUACCACGCCCGCUCCGCCUCUCUCCCGGUCUCCCACUUCCCCUCCACCACCAGUCCCGUGAGCGUCUCCUCCAGCAGCGGCCACGGCUCCGUCUCCGACACACUCACCCGCCCAUCCAGCGCCUCGAUAUGCGGCUCCCCGUCUGACGGCGGCUUCAACUCCUCAGACGAGUAUGGCUCCAGCCCCGGUGAUUUCCGGUACUUCCGGGUGCGCAGUAACACGCCAGAUUCCCUGGGCAACACCCCACCAAUCAGAGAGGAGAACUGUCUAAAUGACUACAUGGCCAUGGGCUGGAACCGGGAGGUCUUCGGCACCAGUGCAGGGUCUGGAAACAACAGUGGUGGUGACACACCACGGGAUGAGAGCACAUCAACGACAGAGGACGAACGCCUGUCUUCGUCGUCGUCGCUGAGGAGGAGGACGCACUCUUUCUCCAGGCCUGCUGGGGGCGCAACCGGCGGUUCUGGAGUGGCAGUUUACCAGAAAAUGACCCAAACCAACUUCUCAUUGGACGAGGGGUCAGAUGUUGUGUUACCGUUUGGCAGUGGCCUGCUCCGUGGCGGGCCGUCCUCCUCCUCUUCCUCACUCCGCUCUGACUACAGCUCGUGCUCCGAGCACAGCCAGCAGAGCCGCCCCUCCACGCUCUCCAGGGCGGAAGCCGGCAGCGAGCGGCCUUCCCUCUCCUCCUCUUCCUCCGCCAAGGAAGACAGCGGCUACAUGCCCAUGAUGUGCGGCGUGGCUGCGUCACCGCGGGACACUCCUCCCGACUACAUGCCUAUGCAACCCACCUCCUACUCCCAUCACAUCUCCCAUUCCCCUCAGUUUCACAGUCCGGCUUUGGGUGCCCGCUCGGCCCACCCGCAGCUCCAGUCGCAAUCCUCCACAGACUCCCACGGUUACAUGAUGAUGCUCCCAGGGGGCAGCGGCAGCUCCCCCUCCCCGGUGCAGGCCUCCCCCAGCCCUCACAGUAGCUCCAGUAUGGCAGGUGCAAGCGGGAGUGACAGUAUAGCAGAGAGACCUGAGAAUGGGGAAUACAUGGACAUGUCGUACAGCAGCAGCGGGGGGCGCAAGCUCUCAAACGAAGGGAGCAGCGGGUAUUAUACACCUGGAACACCUGAGAGCACCCCAAAGUCUUACAGCCCUUAUUUCUCCCUCCCUCGCUCCUACAAAGCCCCGACAAGAGAGAGGGAUGAGAAAGAGUAUGGCGAGUAUGUUCCUAUGAGUUCUCCUGCCAAGCCAGUCUAUUCAUCAGUUGCCACAGCUUCAAUGUCAACACCAGAGAGAAGGGGUGGGGGAGGAAGUAGCACCUCCACUCCCUCUCAUCCACCCCCGCCUUAUGGAGCGCAUCAUACAACUGCGGCGAUGGCCGACAGACGCGUCGUGAGGCCCAACCGUCUCCCUUUAGGCAGAAGGAGUUUCCACGGCCCACUGCGGGUUAGUGAGCCCUCCACGGCGUCUGCAAGCACCUCCACCUCGGUCCCCGCCACCGGUAGCUCAUCUGAAGGGCCCUCCAGUCCUGGAGAGUAUAUAAACAUUGAGUUUGGAGAUCACUACCCCCACCAACAACAGCCCCCCGCCUACCCUCUCUCUGCCCAAGAUGAAGCGCCUUCCCUGGGAUCCAGUGACCACCGUCGCUCCCCUCCACAGCCCCAAACGCACCAGGACUAUAUGAGUGUGGAGGUAGAGGCAGACCAGCAGGACAGCGCUGGAUGUCUGGGUAAGAACCAGUCACCCAGGCCCAGCCUUGUCGCCCCAUGGAACCCGCCUAGCUACAUCAGACCCCUGGCGAGCAAUCCUGCGGCUCUGGCCUCCCCUGGAGUCCCCGCCGGAGGUCACUGGAGGUCGAUGGGGGACGACUAUACGGACAUGACUUUUAACCUCAGCAGAGGUGAGAGGACGCAAACGAGCCCCACGGCCAUGCUGCAGCAUCUCUGUGUAAUAGAGGGACGGUACAGCCACGCCUCCUCCGCCUCCCCCUCGUCCAUUUCCCCUCCUCUCCCCCCGUCGAGCCCAGGUAGGGCGCCAACGCAGCAGCUGGAGCCCAAGGUGGUUCGAGCUGACCCCCAAGGCAGGAGGAGACACAGCUCGGAGACAUUCUCAUCCACCUCCUCCUCUAAUUCAACUCCCUCUGGAGGAGGACUUGGCCCGUCAUCCUCAGCCACCCACCCGACGCUGGCGAACCCCGCAGCCCCCAACGGGUCUUACCUAACGGAGGGUCAGGCUUCCAGAUGGGCCAGCUCAGCAUCUUUCGACAGUGUGUGGAUGUCUGUGGAGGGUCUAGGGGAUUCGCCGGCUCACCAUGCUCCAGCAAGAGCCAUGGAAGUGGGCGCCGCCUCCGGGACCUCAGCAUCCUCCUCCUCCUCGGGGGCAGGAGCAGGUAGAAUGUGCAGAAACAUGUCUGUGGGCUACCAGAACGGCCUGAACUACAUUGCCUUGGAGCUGAGGGAGGACGGGAGUAAUAUGGGAGCCAUGACGUCGGGAGCUGGUAGCAGCAACGGGAGCUCGGUGGUGGCGGCGACGGCGGUGGUGGGGACUGUGCCUCUGCCAGAGAACGGCGCCUACGCCAGUAUAGACUUCACCAAAUCUGAUGGAGUCACCACGACAACCAAGGACUGAGCGAGGACGACAGAGAUUCCCCACCCUCCUCCUCCGUCUCCUCCUCCUCAUCAUCAUCAUCUCUCUGCUCGGGGCACACGACUCUGCCUGUGACCUUUGGCCUCCCGCGCCGGUGACCUCCGACCUUCACCCCGACUGAGAAGCCACUCCCUUCUGGAUGCAGAAAACAACAACACAACAGAUGACAAAAACGCUUGCAGUUUUUUUUUUUUUUUAAGUGUAUUUCAUCUUUUAUUUUUCUUGCGUUUUAUAUACAUAUCUUGUCCUGUUUUUGUUUUUGUUUUUCUUUUUAAUAAUUCCCCCCCUCACAAUCGAUGCUGCCAGUGUGUGCUGCUUUUCCCCCUUGUGUUAAACAGACUUAUUCAACAGACAGCGGUCAGUGAACUUUGACUGAGGGGGCGUCAACAGAACCGUAAAUAGUCUAAUUAUCAGAUGGUUCUGCUUCUCCAUACGGUAUUAAAAAGGGAGGCUGGAAUACUAAGCAAAGGCAUUAUGGUACAGACUUGGAAAUGUUUACGUUGCAUUGAACUUAAAUAUUAAUUUUUAUCUUUUAUUAUCAUUAAUUUUUUUUAAUCCCCAUGCAUAAUCCAUCCUCAAUACGGUACCGUAUAGUUAUUAAAUUGUGGACAAAGUUGUGGUAGAAAAUGUAUAUUUUUUUGAACGGAUUACCCCUUAAAUGAUAAAAGCUCGUGGCUGGAUCCAUUUUAGCUUCAGAGUCGAAAAGUGGCAUUGCACAAGUACCGUGCGUGUUCCCGCAUCAGGUAUGGCACAGUACCGGCAACGUUCGUGGCAUUCGCACCUCAGCGACACACUGCCUCACUGGGCCAGUUCCAUACACAGCUGGGAAACGGAGCCACGGUGCUGCGCCAGUAUGGGUUUAUCACAGUGUACUAAUUCAGUGGGGGGAAAAAAACCUUAAAGCAUUACUCUCCUCAUAUUCUGUAGCACAUAUUAUUUAUUUGUUGCAAUAGGUACAAAAUUUCCAGCGACAUUUCGUUGUUUGCUUUUGUGACGCAGAUGGUACUCAGCAGGGCGGGGGAAUAACGCCGGCCACCAGUCGAAUGCUGGAAAGUUUUGUCUUAAUUCUGUCUCCUUUACGUGCUACUUCACAGAAAAACACAUCAAACUUUAAAGGAAUAGUUCAGUAUUUUAGGAAAAACACUUUCUUACUUGCUUAGAGUUAGAUGAGAUUGGUACCACUCUAUGUAUUAGCAAAAUAUGCUAAAAUAGGAAGCUACAGAUGCUCGUUAGCUUAGCGUAGCACAAAAGGGGAAAUGGCUAGCCUGCCUCUGUCUGAAUCAAACAAUAUCUGCAGACCAGCGCCUCUAAAUGAAUUUUGAAUCCCUUCAGAGAACGUUUGCAAGGAAAUAUGUGCCAGACUGUUUCCUGGAGUCUUGUUGACAUCCAUCCCUCCAUAAAACAGCUUUACACUUAGGUUACUGUACAGCAACAAAUGAAAUGUUUAAUGAGCUUUAGAGGUGCUGGUAGGCAGCUUUUGUUGUAUUCAGGCACAGCCAUGCUAGCUGUUUUCUUUUUUCCGCUCUUAAUGCUAAGCUAAGCUAACCAGCUCUCCUAAAACAUCAAGCUGUUCCCUUAUAGAAACAUUCAGAAGUAAGUAGCUUGUAGAGGUUUUGGAAACUCGGCUGCUGUGGCCGGUGGAUGGAAAAAAAAGUUGUUUUCCCGCCCUGCUGCCGCUGCGUCGGCUCAUCUUAACUCCGCACAAGGAACUGUUGAGUAAACCGACGCAGGUGUUCUAGAUGUUUUACAUUUUCAGUUUUACCUCAUACGGUCCGUAGCACAGUUCAGGUUAGUGCGGGAGAGUGGCGCCCACACACACACACACACACACACACACACACACACACACACACACACACACACACACACGACGCUGUGAAAGGUUAAAGCACAAAGUACAGGCAUUGACACUGGGAUGCAAACACAAGCCUAAUGCACAUGAAAUCUCUGCAAGUGAACCGUAUACUGUACUUUGGAGGCAGUGGCAUGUAUGCGCACACACACACACACACACACACACUUCAUGAAGACAUGCCACUGUUAUGUGGUGUCUCCCAUACCUGCUCUCAUAACACAUACGUGCACACAGAGUAGACAUGCAGCCAUAUUUAGGCGAGGACAACUCGUCCAUGCCGCCGUUUUCGGCUCUUUGUCAGCGGCUCUUGAUGACGUCUGGGAUUUUUCACUCUCUCUCACACACUCACACACACACACACACACACGUAUGCAUGCUGGGGUGUUCGUCAUUGGCUCUGGGUGACGUAAAGAGGUUUCCAGUAACCUGAGCUCCAGCCCCAGGUGCAGCGCGCUGGACAUACUUGCCCUGUUACAACCUCACACACACACACACACACACACACACACACACAUUUGGACAGGCAGUGAACACCCACAUCAAUCACAGUCUUAGCCGGAGCUUGCUGCCCCUUCACUCUCACACUUUAACAGACUGAUACGCCUGUAUUUAGCAUUUCUACUCGCGCUACUCUCCCAUGACUAUUACCCACACAGCAAAGAGAGAAAUGUCCUCAAACACAAAGACUGACAGUUAACGUAGCCCACAGAAUUUCUUUUUUUUUUGUUCAGUAUUCACUCAUCUAAUGCUAUCUUCACCCUGUUUCUGAUUUUUCCUUCCUUUUUUCUUUUUCUUUUUAAAAUCAGCCCACUCUUUUUGUGUUGUUUUUAAUUUGUUUGGAGGGAUAAAGGCCUGUCACUCUCACUGCGCUUUUGUGUGGGAUGCGUCAUUGUCGUCCUCGUAGCGUCCGCACAGCAGGGACGGAAAGGAAGGAGGGAGGGAUGGAUGGAGCGGAGGUAUCUCUAAAUUAAUUGUUAACGUCAGAUGUAACCCAUUUUGAGAGCAGCAUGGACAGGUUUUUGUCUCGCUGUCGGACGUUUGACUGACUGCAGGAAAUGAUCUCAAAGUGAAGGUCAGUUAGCUGUUGGCUCGCUUGAUGCAGUGAACUCUGCACAUCUGGUUCUCCCCAUUCACUGAAACACAUUUUCAGUUGCUCGUUCUUGAGCUGUGUUCAGUUUAAAUGCUGCAUCGUGACUGAACAUAGACGAAACUGUGAAGAUACAACGUGCAGACAUCCAAAGUCAACCUAAAGAUUCACAACUGAGUUUUCAGUGUUAUAAAUCAACUGCUCAUUUCAACAGAGGCCACUAAGUCCUUAAAGAUAUUUUAUCUUCAUAUGUUGUGCCCUGUUCUCAUCUUCCCUGCACGAUAGUUAUAUUUUGUGUGUGCACAAGAUUAAAAAAAAUCUUUCUGGACUUAAGGAAAUGUGGAAGUUUCACUCAAGGUCUUUUUGUUGCUGAAACUUCAUUAUUUGUUGUAUAUUUCACCACUUGGCUAAACAGAUAUCGCAGGUUAAACCCAUUUGUUUCUCACAUUUAGAGAAGCUUCUUAUGCUUUUUGGUUAUAUUGUAACCAUACAAAGCUAUUUACGAGGUGAUUCUAAUGCCAUGAUUCCCAUGGUUACAGUUAUUGUCAGUAUUGAAAAUUCGCUAUAUGAUUUAUUGCGAUGAAUCUAAAACAAAGCCAGAAAACUGUGAUGUCUUUGAUCAAUGGUCCAAAUUCCAAAGAGAUUCAGUUUACAGUAAUGUAAAGCAGUGAAACCUGGAUAUUCUACUGCUGUUUUUCUUGACUUGGAUCACCAGAUGGUUGGAGUUUAGCGCAUCAGGGCAUCUCCGCUAAUUGAUCACUUUGAAAAUUGACUCAUGAACAAACAUUAUGAGAAGCUUUCUGGACAAACACGAGGUUCUCCGAAACAUCCUCACCCCGUCCCUCAGUCUCCCUGUUUUUUCUUCAGAUUGCAGUGAUGACAGAGCCAAACAGAAAAGAAAAAGCUGUUUUUCAGAGAGAUGUUAGUUACGUCAGAUGGAUAAGAGGUAACGAAAGCUUGUGUUUUCCCGUCUGUGGCGGUUAAUACAACGUCGGUGCAGAAACAGAAGAGAUCGGAAACCGGAGAAACCCCCUUUUACCCUCCUGGUCUCCCUCUGGAGGAUUCGGAUAAUUAAGCUAACCCUCCUCCUCAGCAGACCCAUGUUUUAAAUGGUCUGAUUUAAAAGUGAAUAUCCACAAAAUGCUGUUUAAAGAUUUUAAGCCUGUGACGUAUCUUAUAUGUACAUCAUGAACAAUUUGAGAUAUUUUCAUUUGCCCCCUCGUCCCCUUUUGAAGCAAAGAAUUGAAUAUAAGAAAGGUAUUAGGCUGCAGCGGUCCGAGACAACGAGAGAAAAUGUUUUUGUUUCUUAUGUUUGGAAAAUGUUUUGUGUACUUAUUAUUACGCUACAGCGACGUGUUGCUUUUGGGUUUUUAACGCUAUAGCAAAAAAAAAAAAAAAAAACAAGGUAGAGCUAGAUUUUGGGAGGAAAUUUUUUUUUUUUUUUGGGAAGAAUCCCCCCUUAAUUUAUUUGAAGCGCAACUCAAAAGUGGAUGUAUGUCGUUCAUGUCUGAUCGCCUUCAUGUUGAACUUUACCCCGUUUAAUUCUUCGUCAUAUCUGAAUGAACUUACACAGAAUCUGUGUUUAUUUUGGCAACAAUCCAACCUCAAACCUGUCCUCGAUGUUACCGAUUCUGAUGUUGAAAAUCAGCUGUUAGGAAUUUUUUCUUGUUAGGGGUGGAGAAAUGAGAAAGAAAUUAGACCUACGUAAUAUAUAUAUAUAUAUAUAUAUAUAAAAAUAUAUAUAAUCCUCGCAGAGAAGACUUAGGGUACUGCAUCAUUAUGCAAACUUUUGUUUCCUUUUUCCUCUAAUCUUUUGAUUUAUUUUGUAUUCUAGUUUACAGAGGGAAAAUAAUCAUCUUAUUUUUGGUUGUUUUGUUGUAUCGGGGCAACCUUGUUUCUCUGAAAACAAAGCGAUACAAGGGUAGUAUUUUUUUUAAGAGUACAUAGGCAUUUUGCAGUUAUUUGUAUAAAGAAGUGGGUUACAACCUCUGCCUAAUGUUUAUUUUUUUGUAACUAUAUUACAGUUUAUUUGCUGCUGUGUAGUACAGUUAACAGUUGGAAAUGCUGUCGAUGGCAACCGUACCGAUGAGGAUGACGAUGAAGAUGACGUUCAUUGCCCUGCUAUCAGACGCAGGUCCGAUUUUUCCCCUCCCCCUCCGAAUUCUUCCGAAACUGGAGGAUUUCGGCGGAGGUGGGGCGAAAAAGAAAAACAAAAAGCAAAUCCCACUCUACCCUGCUACCUGUGUUCUUAUUUUCCGAGUUGAAUGCUGUUGUUUAUUAGCUUUACAGGAAAGAGAAAGAGUUAAAAAAAAUACUGUGGAGGUGUGUAUCCUUCGUAUGUGCAUUAUUUUUCAGCGACGUACGUCCUAUAUACGAAAAAGAAGAAAAAGAGUUUAAAAAAAAGAGAAAACUGUGGUGGAAAUGGAAAUCCUUCUGUAAAUAAGGAAAACUCAAGUUGUCGCUUUUUUCAUGUUAUGAUCGGCGCCUUGCAAGGUGCUCCUCCCCCUCCUUUUUUUGUUUUUGUUUUAUUUUCUUCUCUUUCUUUCUCUCUUUUUUUUCCUUGUGGAGGGAAAGGGGGGUAGGAGGGGUACUCAGAGGCGAUUUGAGCAUCGGCAUAGUGUUUAUAUUUAUCAAAACUUUUUUGCUUUCGAUAGAGCUAUUGCAAUAAAAAUGUGUUCAUGUAA